UAAUGCAUGACUGAUGUGGAAGGGACCUAUACCAACUAAUACAAAAAAAAAUGUUGCACACAAAACCACUCUCUCAUUUUUUUUAAAAGAAGGGUGAUUUUUAUAUAUACACAUGAGCUUUCUCCUCUCACGAUUUUUCUAUAGAAUUUGCCUAAGAAAAAUCUUCUUCAAAUCGUACACAAGCAAACCUGCAAUGUUCUCAAAUAUCUUCACCAUCAUCAUCUCAUUUUCAUCAUCACACAAAGGAACGACACACUCGCACCACCAUGAGCUUCCCAACGAACUCACCCUCACAACACCUCAAACCACUUCGUCACCACCUUGCUUCAAACAACAACCAUAUCCCUCAUAAACUAAACACCUGCACCAUAAACCUCCUUUAAAUUUCACAAUAUCAAAGAACACAAUCUCAGAUGCAUAACAGAGAUAAGAAGCACAAGCCUACUUGUUUUUUUCAUCAAUUCCAACAUAUACUUUUGACUGUGGAGAUGAGUUUUCGAGUAUAUCUGAAAACGAAGAAGAAGAAACGAGUCUUAACCAACCUCUAUAGAAAGCUCAUACAUCAUAAAAAAACGCUCGAAUCUCCUUUGGAACCGUGCCCAAAAUUUUCUCCUGUGCCAAGAGUUUCUUCGCUUCUGGAAGGUUGGGUGGGAUGUUACUAUGAGGUAAAAGGCCCACUACCCAGGACAGUGACACAUAUGUUAGAAUGGAUACUCAUAUUAACUCUCGUGGCGCCUGUCACGUAAGAGUUUGUAUCGCAUACCAUGCCUAGAUGAGGUUUUGAUAAGAAUACUUUUGUCUUGCAUGCCUUAUGCACUUGACAAGGUGUUAGUAUGAAAGCCAUCAGUUAUGGUUGCCAUUUAGAAGUAUGUUCUAUUCUGGUUAGAACCUACUUGUGAGUUGGGGUGGGUGUCACCAAACAAGCCUUCAUCAUACCCGGUUUUCUCAGAGUUACGUCAAAUUUUUGAACUUGAGACAUUCAGUGAGCCAUCAAGCACAACAACUAUCUAUUAAUAUGGAAACUGCAUUUGCAUUCAUGAACGUUGUUAUGUUCAUUCUCCUAACACACAUGUCUUUGUAUUUCCAAGUGUUUUUAAUUCUUGAUUCUCGUUAUUUAAGUCAUUUCUAAGGAUGGAUACUGGUAGAGGUGGACAUGUUUCUUACAAGUUUCCUGAAGUCAACUUGGAUUCCCUUCUCGAGAUGGUUGAAAGAUCCACUCCUGACAAUCUGGAAAUUUUCAAAAGGGAUUAUGGGAAGAUUGUAGAUUACCUCAAAGACCCCCCCAGCAAGUAUCAACACAGUUCACUUCACACUCUGCUAUAGUUCUACGAUCCUCCUUUGUGGUGCUUUACCUUUCCAGAUUAUCAGUUGGCGCCAACUUUGGAAGAGUAGUCAUGUAUUCUCGGGAUCCCAUCAAAUUUCAAGUUCCUUUCCAUGCAUCUAUGGAGGUCCCUGAUCCUGAACAUAUUGUCGUUGUCCUUUAUUUGGGCAAAUUUGUGGUGGAUGCUAAUCUCAAGACAAAAGGAGGACUCCCCGGGUUUCAUCUAAGCUUCCUUUUGACCACUUUGGAUGCUUUGGAUAAAGAAGAAGAUUGGAAGGUUUUUAAUAUUGUUUUGGCAUGCAGUAUCUAUGGCAUUGUUUUGUUUCCCAACGUGGUUGAUUUUGUCGAUAUGAACGCCAUUCAUAUCUUCAUGAUGGGGAACCCUGUACCAACACUUCUGGGAGAUGUUUACCAUUCGAUUCAUUCAAGAAAUCACAAGAAAAAGGUGGUUUAGUAUUGUGUUGUGCUCCUCUUUUGUAUCAUUGGUUCCGAUGUCAUCUCCCUUGCAAAGGAGCGCUCGCAGAUAAUAAGGAAACUUCGAAGUGGUCCAAGAGAUUGAUGGGACUUAAUUCUAAUGACCUGGUGUGGUAUAACUUGAGGUUGGAUAGAAUGGAAAGGUCUGAGGUGAUUGUGAGUUGCGUAGAAUUUCCUAAUGUGCCACUCCUGGGCAUUAGGAGAGGUAUAAACUACAAUCAUGUGUUGUCUCAAAGACAAUUGGGCUAUGCUUUAAAAGGACCUCCAGAGGAUAAAAGUAUACAAGAGUCUUUGUUCUACAAUGUGACUGAUGAUGUUGAGAUGAUGAAGAAGGCUGCUAAGGCUUGGAACAACAUCUCAUGUAGAGGAAAGGAAUUCUUUGGCAAGAAAGAUUGUGUUGCUUAUCCUUCUUAUGCAAACUAGAUCAAAGAGAGGGUUCAAGCUGUCUUGUUGCCUUUUCCAAUGGAAAAUCCAUUAUAUCCUCAAGAGCCAGGUCACCCUAAUUUUGUGCCUAGAGAGUAUUUCAAUCAGAAUUUGCUUUUGAAUAAGAAGUUGAAGCAGGAAAAGGAAGAUUUAAGCAUGCAACUUUUCAGCUUUAGGCAAGAAAAGAUGGAUUUGGCUCAUAAACUUAGAGAAAGGGAUAAAUUGCUUGGCGAAUAUGGUCUAGCUGUGGAUGGAAGAGUCGGGAAGAAGACUAAAAUUAAUAGAGUUAGAGGGGAUACUUCUACAGUUAUUGAAGAACAAAAGAGGGCUCUUGAAGAGGUUGAAGAAGAAAUCAAGCAAAAGCAUCGAGAGUAUGAGUCACUCAAAGUCACCAAAGCCAAGAUGGAGAAGAGGUACAAAGACAAGAUUAAAAGACAGGAGAAGCAGCUACAGGACAAGAAUGCUCAAUUUGAAGAGGAAAAUACUCAGAGGAUAGGGGUGGAAAUUCAGCUUAAAGGGAGCCACAUUAAUCUGGAAAAAGUUGUGGGGGAGAUUAUAAGCCUUAAAGCUCAAUUGAGAGAGAGAGAGAGAGAUAAUGCUCCCUUACAAAUCCAACUCCCAAAAUGUAACAAAUAUGAGAAGUUGAUUGAUCAAUGUAGGUACUUGGAUGGUAUGAUUUCUCGGAAAGAUAUGGUUAUCCAAAACCUUGUCCAGAAACACAAUCAGGAAGAAACAAAGAAGAUGUUUGAAGAGUCCAAAGCUUGGAGUCUGAAGUAUCUCAAGAGUGGAUGACCUCUGACCUAUGUGGAUUGGAAGGAUUAAUUUGCCUUCUUUGUUUCCAUGUACCAAUCACCAUAAGGAUCAUUGAUGGGAUCUUUUGAUUUA